AUGUGUCUUGAUUAUAUUGGUCCUAAUUGUUGGUUUGAAAAUUUUCAUAACUUACCCCCCGAGCCCGUUUUCUUUCAAAUAAGGUCUUUUUCUGUACUUUUUACCUUUCCUAACAUUGGACAAAAUAAAAGUCGGUGGCGACUCUUGCUCACCGCAACAUUGUUUGCGAUUAAAAAUAAAAGUCAGUUCACCGAGUUACAGCGUCUGUGUAGAGACUGUGUGCCUACUCGAAGGAGGUUGUUGGAUAAAGGUGUUAAUUGCCCCUCUAAUUGUGUUUCGUGUAGGGAUGGCGAAGAGAAUAGCUUUCACCUUUUCAUCCUGUGUUCUAAAAGCAUAGAGUGUUGGAAAAGAGUGGGUUUGUGGCCUUUGUUGCAGCGGAUUAGUAGUAAUGGAGAGUUAUUUGCGUCUGUGAUUUUCUCCUUUUUGCAGGUUUCCAAUCAAGACCAUAAAGCGAUUUUCUCAGUUACCUUAUGGAGUAUCUGGAAAGGGAGAAAUAAUCAGGUUUGGAAUCAGGUGGAAGAAUCUCCGACGCUUAUUUGUCAGCGGGAUAAUCAGUUGUUGACAGAUUGGAAAGAGGCCCAAAAAUAUCGCCUCAACAAUGAAAUUAUUAAUUCCCCGCCAGCUAUUAUCAGAUGGGAAAAACCGCAGGAGGGCAGAUUUAAGUGCAAUAUUGAUGCCGCUUUUUCUCAUAAUAAGGUUGGUUUUGGUGCCUGUAUUAGAGAUGAAUUGGGUAAUUUCAUUGUAGCUCGGACUGAAUGGUUUUCUCCUUGCACCGAUGUUGUUAUUGGUGAGGCUCUAGGCCUUCUGAAAGCUGUUAACUGGGUCCAUGAUAUGGGGUACGACAAUAUGGAUUUUGAACUAGAUGCAAAGCGGGUUGUGGAUAGUGUGACCAACCCGAGACCUAAUGACUCGGAUCUUGGAGCUAUCACGGGAGAAUGUAACUAGUU